AUGAAAUCUACCACGCGGCCGGACGGCCAGCACCCCGUGGACCGGAGCCUGUUGGAGCUGAAGAUGGUGCAGGUGGUGUUCCGACACGGGGCGCGGAGCCCGCUCAAGCCGCUCCCGGUGGAGGAGCAGGCAGAGUGGAAUCCCCAGCUACUGGAAGUCCCACCGCAAACUCGGUUUGAUUACACCGUCACCAAUCUGGCUGGUGGCCCGAAACCACCUUCUCCAUUUGACUCUCAGUACCGGGGGACCGUCCUGAAGGGGGGCAUGUUUGCUGGGCAGCUGACCAGUGUGGGCAUGCGGCAGAUGUUUGCCCUGGGCGAGAGGCUGAGGAAGAACUACGUGGAGGACAUCCCCUUCCUCUCGCCAACCUUCAACCCACGUGAGAUCUUCGUUCGUUCCACUAACAUGCAUCGGAACCUGGAGUCGACGCGGUGCUUGCUGGCUGGCCUUUUCCAGUGUCAGAAAGAAGGACCCGUCGUCAUCCACACUGAUGAGGCGAGCUCUGAAGUCCUGUACCCCAACUACCAGAGCUGCUGGAGCCUGCGGGAGAGAACCAGAGGCCGGAGGCAGGCUGCCUCUCUGCAGCCAGGAAUCUCGGAGGAUUUGGAAAAGGUGAAGGAGGGCAUGGGCAUUGCCGAUGGUGAUGGAGUGGACUUCUUCAUGCUCUUUGACAACAUGGCUGCUGAGCAGGUGCACGGCCUCCUGAGCUGCCCAGCGCUGAGGAGAAGCGCACGGAUCAUUGAACAGAGAGCCGUGGACACAGCCUUGUACAUGCAAAGUGGAGACAGGGAAAGUCUUCAGAUGGCGGUAGGACCAUUUCUCCACCUCCUGGAGCGCAACCUGCUGACGGCGGUGGACCCGGCCACGCCCCCCGGCAGCCACAGAAAGCUGUACCUCUACGCGGCUCACGAUGUGACCCUCCUGCCUCUCCUGCUGGCCCUGGGGAUUUUUGACCACAAAUGGCCACCGUUUGCUGCUGACGUGACCAUGGAACUCUACCAGCACAGGGAAUCCCAGGAGUGGUUUGUGCAGCUCUAUUACCACGGGGAGGAGCAGGUGCCGCGAGGCUGCCCGGACCAGCUCUGUCCACUGGACAAGUUCUUGAACACCUUGUCAGUUUACACCUUAAGCCCAGAGAAAUACCACACACUCUGCUCUCAAGCCCGGGUGACGGAACUUGGAAAUGGAGAGUGACUGCUUAUUCACGUGGAUGUAUUGAUUUUAAAUAAAAUGCCCUACACAGUG